AUGGAUCGCAUCAAGGAGAAAAUGAACCAGCUCCGUCUGGAGGCCGACGAGGCCAGCGGCAAGGUCGAGGAGCUUCAGAACAAGGUCAAGGUUCUCGAGCAGGAGAACCUGUCUAAGGAGCAAGAGAUUACCUCCCUGCAGCACAAGAACAACCUCCUCGAAGGCGAGGUCGAGAAGCUCGAGAACGCCGUCAAGGACUUCAAGAAGGCCGCCGAUGAGGGACAACAGCACGGAACCCAGAACGAGACUCUCCAGCGAAGACUGCAGCUCCUUGAGGAGGAGGCCGAGAACUCCGACAAGACUCUUCGUGAUGCCAACGAGAAGCUCCGACAGACCGAUGUCAAGGCUGGACACUUUGAGCGCAAGGUCCAAGCUCUUGAGAGCGAGCGUGACCAGUGGGAGACCAAGUACGAGGAUAUGUCGCAGAAGUACAACGCUCUGCAGAAGGAGUUGGAGGAGCUCCAGGCCGAGAUUGGCAACAUCUAA